GGACAGACUGCACUGGGGAGGAGUCUGAUAUUCAGGAGCAGGACAGACUGAAGGACAAACACUCAGACGAGACACAGAACAUACACCACCAGUCCAACAAUAACGACCAGAAACCAGAAAAACAUCCCAUCAUCUGAUCUGAUCAUCUCUCACGACGAACGAGUGAGUGAAGGGAAUGGCUGCGUCUGCGUCGUCUGCGGUGGCUCGCCGCGUCCUCGCCGCUGCAUCGCACGGAGGCCACGAGGGAGGAGUUAAGACGUGGAGGAUCCUGACGUUCGUGCUGGCGUUACCGGGCGUGGCCGUGUGCAUGGCGAACGCUUACCUGAAGCAGCAGGCUCAUUCCCACGAGCCGCCCAACUUCGUUCCAUAUCCUCACCUGCGCAUUCGCACCAAGCCGUGGCCGUGGGGUGACGGAAACCACUCGCUGUUCCACAACCCUCACACCAACCCUCUGCCCACCGGCUACGAGGACUCGCACCACCACCACUGAGCGACAGUGCCACCCGGAGCCCGCGUGCGGAACGCCGCAACCUAAAACUACUACAUCCUUUAAAAAAAAAAAAAAAAAAAGUUUAACCCUGACUGAAAUAAAAAACAUAACAACAUUAAA